GAGUUAAAGUGAUAGGAUUGCUAUUCCUAGAGAGAAGCGGAAACGUCACUUCCUCUUGAUGCUGCUCCAUCCCCCCCCCCCAAGAGGAAGCAUUUCAGAAGUCAGAGGCUUCAAAGGGGCUUUUCGAUAGAAGAAAGAUAUCACUGGUCACAGUCAUCCUAGUGUGAAUCAGAAACAGAUACGUUAUGGAAGCUGUUCAGGUCCCUGUGUCCUUUGAGGAGGUGGCUGUGUAUUUCAGGGAAGAGGAAUGGGCUCUGCUGACUCUGCGUCAGAAAGCGUUGUACAGGGAAGUUAUGCUGGCGAAUUAUGAAACAGUGGCAUCUCUGGAAUGUUCUGUGUUGCCUCAGCCUGGCCUCAUUUCCUGGUUGAAAGAAGGAAACAAGAAUUUUUUCCAGAAAAAGUAUGCUGCAGAAAACACAGCAAACAACAGGAAAGAACAUCAGAUACAGAGAGAAAGGGAUAAAUCUCCAGGCAUGCAAGGGAAUAUGAGGACUCAGGACAAAAUGAAGAAACAGAAACGAUGCCAACAAAUUAAGAACAAGAAUAAGUCCAGACUUUCUCUGGAUGCAGACUCCUCUGAAAAUCGAAUCCAGGAAAAAAUGCAAAAAGGAGACAAAAGGAAGGAGUGCCCCGUAUGUGGGAAACGGUUUGCUCACAAAUCAAUCCUUGAGAAUCAUUUGAAAACCCACACUGGGGAGAAACCCUUUAAAUGCCUGGAGUGUGGGAAGAGCUUCACUCAGAGUGGAAAGCUUACCAGGCACCAGGUGAUACACACUGGGGAAAAACCAUUUAAAUGCCUGCGUUGCGGAAAGAGCUUCCUGCGAAGGGACACGCUCCAUUCGCAUCAAAGGACACACAGUGGGGAGAAACCCUUUACAUGCCUGGAGUGUGGAAAGAGCUUCACUGAGAAUGGGAAGCUUACCGUACACCGGAGGACUCACACGGGGGAAAGACCCUAUCAAUGCCUGCAGUGCAGAAAGAGCUUCAUCGAUAGCGGGACGCUUACCAAACAUCAAAGGAUUCACACGGGGGAGAAACCUUUUACAUGCCUGGAGUGUGGAAAGACCUUCAGCCAAAGGGAAGGCUUUACCACCCAUCAGACUAUCCACACUGGGGAAAAACCAUUUAAAUGCUUGGACUGCGGGAAGAGCUUCCGUUUGAAUGGGAGCCUUACUUCUCAUCAAAGAAUUCACACCGGAGAGAGGCCCUUUAAAUGCCUGCAGUGCGGAAAGAGCUUUACUCAAAGUGGGACUCUUACUAUCCAUCAAAGAAUCCACACCGGAGAUACCCCUUUUGAGUGCCUGGAGUGUGGACAGACCUUCAAGCACAGAGAGAAGCUGGUUUCGCACCAGAACGUUCAUGUGAAUGCUGCGGAGAAACCAUUUAACACAACAAUGGAUGGGACAAAACCUUUUAAAUGCCUAGAGUGUGAAAAGAGCUUCCAGCAAUGGAAUCAGUUCUACUCCCAUCAGAGGAUUCACACUGGGGAGAAGCCGUUCGUGUGUCAGGAGUGUGGAAAGGGUUUCCGGAAGAAUGAAUUCCUGACCGUACACCAAAAAAUCCACACAGGGGAGAAACCUUUUAAAUGUCACGAGUGUGGGAAAGAUUUCCGACAGAAAUCGCACUACAACUCCCACCAAAGGACUCACACUGGGGAAAAACCAUUUACUUGUCCGGAGUGUGGGAAGAGCUUCCUGGAGGAGAAAUCCUUGGUUUCGCACCAACGCAGUCAUAAGACAGAGAAACCAUUUAAAUGCCUGGAGUGCGGGAAGAGCUUCAGUGGAAUUGGAGCGCUGAGCAAACAUCACGGAAUUCAUACGGGCGAGAAACCCUUUAAAUGUCCAGAUUGCGGGAGAAGCUUCAGGUGGAGAAAUAAGUUUCUUUCACAUCAGAGAGUUCACACGGGAGAGAAGCCAUUCAAGUGUCCACAGUGUGGAAAGAACUUCCGGAGGAAGGAUAAACUUAACAUACACCAGAGAAUUCACACUGGAGAGAAGCCGUUCAAAUGCCUAGAGUGCGGAAAGGGCUUCCGGCAGAGCGGAACACUCAUCUCCCAUCAAAAAAUUCACGUAGCAUAGAAAAUAAUUUAUCGCAUUUUGGGAAUAUCAUAAAGUGACACAAUUUACUGGAACAGAUUAUAGUACUCCGUUAGAUUGAAGACAGUAGGAAAAGACAAAGACUUAUUACAGGUGGAUUGAUUAUAUCAAGGAAGUCAUGGCCCCGAAUUUAACAGAGCUGAAUAGGAAAUCUCUUUGAGAUUCCUUCUUCCAAAGGUUGCCGUACAUCAAAACCAAUUUACCUUAUAUCCUCAAGUAUAAGUCCAGAUUUUUAGUCAAAAAAUCAAUCCCAGAAAAUUGUAUUGUCUUAUCCAUGGGUCAGUGUGACUCCAAUACCUUAACCUCUACCAAAAAAGUAACCGUUAAUAAUACACUUAAUAAUGAUACACUUUAUUUAUAUUCUGCCCUUCUCUCCUAGGGGGCUCAGGCAGAUUACAGCAUUUAUAUACAUAGGAAAACAUUCAUUGCCCUUACAAUCAUAUACACACAAACACAUACACAGGCAAAUGCUUCUUUCAUUUCAGGCUUUAGAGGCAGUGCUCAUUUCUGGCUCUGGGAGGUCCUCUUUCUCCAUUUUUAAGACAAAGAGCCAGCGAUGUCACCUGGUCAUGUGGCCGGCUAGAUUGCUUGAAGCAUCUUUUGCCUUUUCCCGCAGAAGUGGUACCUAUUUAUCUACUAACAUUUGCAUGUUUUUGAAUUGCUACGUUGGCAAGGAGCUAGGGCUGACAGACGGGAGCUCGUCCCCAUCUCGCAGAUUGGAACGGCUAACUUUCAGGUCAGCAGAUUCAGCCACACAAGGGUUUAACCCAUUGCACCACUACAGGCUCUCCCUUUCUCUUCUCUGAGAAAAGUGACAAAAGGCAAGAGCAUAGUCCAUCCCAGAAGAACCUAAAAGAAGCAUGAACUCCCCUACUCUCUUCAAAAGGGUGCCACUUUUGGCUUAUUUGAAUGUCUAGAGGGGAGAAUGGUGGGGAU